AUGGCCUUCCCGCUGAAUACGCUUGUCUGGCUGAAGCAGCCGGGGUACCCGUGGUGGCCGGGGAUGGUGCUUGAUCCCGCAGCGCUGGAGAUGGUAUUGCCUGCGGGGUACGACACAUGCGUGCUCUGCCUACCCUCCGUGUCAUCGAGCGUGGCGUUCGCCAACAGCAGCAACGCCGAGGAGCUUCUUCGAUUUGAUCCGGAGACGGACGCAGAAUUGAUAGAGGCGGGGAAACAAGAUGCGGACUGCGCCGCGGCGAUUGAGGAGGCAUUGAAUGUCUAUGAACAACAAGCACAGCAGGCUCAAUUGGAGGAGGAGGAGGGAGAAAAAAAUGAACACGAAGACGGUGGAGGUCGCAAAGGGACACACACGCGGAAGAAACAUAUGCCACACAAGGCGGAUAAGCACGAAAGGAAGCGGCGUAAACGGCAUGAACGCAAUGAGUCGACUCCUGUGGAUCGGCGUUACCGCCACGAAAAGAAGAAAAACGAGCGGCGUAAAUAUAUGGAUAGUGACGAUCUCGAGAGUGGGACGACCGAGGAUUUAAGCGACAACAGUGAUGACAGGAGAAGGGGCAAACGCACCGGGAAGAAAUCGGGAAAGGCGGGAUCGCAGGACGCCGUGGAUCAAUACGAAGAGGAGGCGGGGUUUCUGCCAACUCACCAGGAAGAUGAUGCGGCAUACUUGGAGCGCAUGCUUCGUGAGAACCGUCACACCGUAUCCGAUAGUACGCUUGCGACCAUCCGGCACAAGCUAGAGACGCUGACAGAAGCCUGCAAUCACGGUGGUGUCAUUUCUGUCAGUGAGGCGGCGGAGGAGGAAUUACUUGAGGUCCUCUCACCGCUGUCACUUGUGAACGUCACCCUUGACCAACUUCGCCGCCUUAAGAUUGGUGUUACUGUUGGAAAAUUCCUCUUGAGGGACUACCCUGUUCGUGUCGUCUCGCUCGCUUCGGCGAUCUUGACGUAUUGGUUUCGUCAACUUCCGCCCGCAACGCAGCAGCUCUUGAGUAAAAAGUCAGCUCUCGAUAUGGCGUCAAAUGACACAACAAUUGGCUCGGAGCGCCAGGACGUUUCACUGGGUGCAUUGGGCGUGCAGCUAGAGGCCUGCUUCACCGACGAGGAGGUGUGCGACACCAUCAAUGAUCCUGUUAUCGUUGCAGGGAACAUCGAGAAGGAGUUGGAGGCCGUGGACGACGAGGAUGUCAGCAUGGAAGUCCUCGCUGCUUUGCGGGAUGGUAGCAACACGGCUCUGCGUUGCGGUCUGCUUGACGGCUCUAUCACUGCGAAGGACUUUGUUGCGAACCCUACCAACCCGGAUCUUUUACUGAAGCGCAGCGACAAUGACGGUGACAAGACGUCGGGGGUGUCGCCCGUAGAACCGGAGUCCCCGCUGGAGGAGGGGAGCGACCUCACAAAUUUUACGACGCUGUACGUGUGUCCCGGCUGUGGUGCCCGCGAGGCGGUCGCCAACGAGUACUCGGUGCAGGCGCAUGAUAACAUGGCGGUUUUUGUGCGAUGUCUCAAAUGCGACGAGACGUGGAAUGUUGAGGCGUAG